ACGACCGGUCAGUCACUCCUCUUUAGUUUUCCUCAUAUUUCACAAAUAUUUUGAUCUAUCAAGAUCAGGACGCGUAUGUUUAUUUAGUUUCUUAACUUCUCUUUCGGCCCAUCUCCGGGCAUUAAAGUUUGGUUCAUCUAACAAACUCCAUUAUUUGAUCGAACAACAACAAAUUGCAAUGAUCACUACUUCGAUAGUUGGAUAGGCGAGAACGAUGAAAUGAAUCUCUGCAACACUUUUAUUGUGUUCUAGAAUCCUCUACAGUCAAUACUGCUAACCUGUCAUGUGCAGGAUGUCUUCUAAAACACAACCAGUUAUUACUUAUUCUGGAGAUACUCAACUCUUCAGCACAUUGGAAUCAGCUACAUCACAAGGUUUACCUCAAGAAACAGUUGAAUGGAAAAGAUCUUAUGGGCGCCCACCAAGAGCAGUCACUUUAAGUGCUUCUUUUCAGCCCUUCAAGAUUGAAAAUGAUGUUUCUAAAGAACUACCAAAAGGUUUUAAAAAGCUUUCAGGAAGCCAAGUCCUUCAUACAUAUUGGGUUGAAUGUCCAGAUGUUGAUACAUACAAAGCUAGUGUACGAGAAAAUAUUCAAGCUUGGUUCACUCAAGUAAAACAAGUGGAAUGUUCAGACUGGCUGAUUAUUUUAGUAGAAACUUCUGAUUCCAAAAAGAGCAAUAAAAUUCUUCCUAGAACCACUGUGUUAGACAAGGUCAAAAAUGACUUUGGAGGGAAAACAACUGAAAGAUGUCUAUCAGUUGUUGAUCCAGUGAAGGGAGAAACAAAGUCUUCAGAAUCUUGGCAAACCUUUCUUUUCCGAUUGAGACAGGCGUUAAUGGCAGCAUUUAGUCGGACGCUUUCGAAGUUUGAAGAAACGGUGCGCACCCAACGAGAACGGCGCAACGAACUGAAUUGGAACUUUUGUAAUUAUUUCUUACUGCAGGAAGAACUUGCAUUCGCAUUUGAAAUGUUGGGGCUCUACGAUGAAGCUUUGGUGCAGUAUGAUGAACUGGACGCUCUGUUCACCCAAUUUGUCCUUAAUUCUGCUGUUGGUGAUGCACCUGACUGGCUUCUGGCAUUUCAAGCAACUCCCAAUAACUGGUCCGGAGUCUGUCUCAAUCCGAAAACCGCUUUUAAUCUUGAAUUACGUCAGAAAAUUCAGGAUCAUAACAUGUCUGUUAUCGACUUUCGUAAUUAUCUGUUUGCUAGGCAGUCAGCACUUUUACUUAUUUCUUCCAAACCAGCCGAGGUUGCUCGGCGGUGUCUGUCUUAUGUCCAGAGCUAUAUGUAUGAACUGAAAUUACUUAACGUCAGUACGGUCGACGGUGCAAUCCCAACUUGGAUUCUGCUGACAUGUCUACAGGUUUUAUCUACUUGUCAAUCCCAUGUAGGAGCUUCUGGCGCGUCCAUGGAGUCUUUUGCACUUCUUUGGAAUAUGGCUAAAGAUAAGCUAUAUGAAUUGGGGCGUAAAUGUGGUCUGCUUCCGGGCGCUUCUGUGGGCAGUGCUGAAUUGCAUUGCGUUGUUACUCUUUCAUCGGGCAUCACAGAUUUCGGGGAUGAAUCAGCCGUCCGUCCCACUCCAGUUGACAAGCUAAAAGAGGCUCUUUCUUCUAGCCAAGCCUUUACCAGGCACUAUUUGGAAUUAAGUGAAUUGGCAAUGGGGACCUUUAAGCAUUGCGGUCGACUGCGAUCCGCUCGCUUGAUUGGCCGAGAUUUAUCUCGUUUUUACCUUCAGCUCGAUCAACCUCAAAAGUCAGUAAGUUUUUUACUGGAUUUGCUGCGAGGCUAUCAAGAGGAGAAUUGGCCUCUUCUGAAAAUUGAUACCCACAUUGAGCUUGCCGAAGUCUUUCUGAAAAUAGGAGACCGAGUCAGGUUUAUUGAAGCAUCUGCGAAUAUUGCAGCCUAUACCGGCUUGAAUUCAGAGACGCGUAUGAAGUAUUUCAAUUAUUUGCUUCAAUCCGCUCAAGACGAAUAUCGAUCGAUCAAUUGUUCUUGCAUGAUUGAUUUAGUCGAUAUGCGUGUAGAUUUCGAUACAAGUUUGGAUGAGCCUUGUUCGGUUUUGUGCGAUUCAACAGUCAGUGCAAACGUGGAAGUGAUAAGUCACUUUCCGGGUCCUGUAAAUUGCAGUGAGGUUACCGUAACAGUCAAAGCGGUUAAGAGUGCUGCAACUGAUGGCAGCAAGUUGUCAAAAUCCGGUGGGAAGAAAUCGUUGACAGAUAAACCCAUCGAACCAGUUGCGAGUGAAAAACCGAACAGCUUUGUAUCGGCUAGAACAAAAAAUCCUUCGUCGAAUGAUUAUAUACCGAUCAAGGAGCAACUUCAUCUUAAGCAAGAUGGCAGUCUGAGCUCGGUCGCACUGGUAUGUCCUAGUGCUCAACAGCUCCUAGGGCGUAAAGUGAGCCAUGGACUUCUUCCAACGGAACUGUCCGUAACCAAGGAAGAAUUCACGCAUAAACUCAGUGUUAAAGAUGUGACGAUCUUACCUGGAGUCAAUAAACUAACACUGACGAUGAAGGCUGAUCAUGAAGGCACUUAUGUUGUUACCCAGUUUGUGGCUUGUAGCCAAAAGCUAGAGUUCAUACACAGUAUAAAUUGCCCUAAACUCAGCCUUACUGUUGUUGAGGUGAUGCCAUCUGUUAUGGUCAUCAAAUCUCGCGAUGAUAUUUUGGCUGGAACUGAACAAGAAGUUGAAUUGGUGAUUCGCACUGGAAGCACGGCUUUUCAAAAUGAGAAAACUCUUCGAUUGUGUUCAUCACGGGGACUGACGAUUCAUUUGCCCAACACUGACACUCCUUUUCAGCGUGAAGUUGACCUCGUCUUGCGUCCUAUAGCCGCUUUUGAAACAGUCACGUUUCCGUUAAAGAUUAUGGCAGAUCUCGGCUUCACCUCAUCCAAAGAAGCGACUUUUGUCGAACAUAAAUUGUCGGUUCAUUGUCCGUGGCUUUCUAAAACUCCACCUCUAUUGGAUCUGCCUCUGAACGUAUACGCUCCUUUUACCGUUCAGUACAAGCUUCACACUGCCUACACCAAAAAGUUUGUCAAUAUCCAUGUCCAAGGUUUGACUCCAUCGAGCCGGGCCUUUGAGUUUCAAAAUCCGAAUGUACUUCUACCUGAUUCGACGUACAAAAAUUCGGCUCUUUCUAAAUUGGAGUGGAAGAAUCUCAACGGCAGCUCUCAAUCAUUGAAAAUAUCUCAAGAGCAACCAGCAAAUUAUCUGUGGGAGUUGUGUGGUGCUCCUGUUCAGUAUGAAAUGCCAUUAUUAAAGGCCGAGUUCUCGGUCGAUUAUCGUCUCGAUGGUAGCGUAGAUUGGAAAAAAUUCUCUUUCAAUUUUGACAUUACCGACUACGCUACCCUGUUUACGGUCCGUUCACGUGUUGAACCAGUAAAAGGAAAUGAUUUCCUUCGAGCUGGAUCACUCUGUCACAUGACAUUGUCAGUAAGUGAUCUACAACAGGCUUCGUCAGCAGCACUCAUGUAUGAAGUGCUAGCUGAUCAGGCUCUAUGGGCUGUCUGUGGACGGACUGCAGGUGUAUUUUCUAUGGAAGGAUCAUCGAAACAUUCCGUUACGCUGGAUGUGAUGCCACUGGUUUGCGGCUUUCUACCUCUUCCGGCUGUUAGAUUGUCGAGGUACAUUCCGGCCGAACAAAAACCCAAAGAUGGUAGUCGAAAACCCGAUCUUGCUGCAGCUUCACUUCCUCGAUUGGAGCCGUUCAGCGCAGGACAAGUUUAUAACUGGAGCAAGGCACAACAAGUUCAUGUACUUGCGGCACCAUCUAAUAAUGGUCCUACAAGCCUUGAUACUUCCACUUCUUGAAAUAUGAAUAUUUUGGUUGCGAAUGGCAAAUCUCAAGUCUAAUUGGGUGUUUGUAUCCAUGACGUGAAUUGUGUAAAAUAAAAACCUUAUUAGAAUUA